ACUUGAUUGGCCAACAUACGUAAUUAGUUGAGAUUGAUUGACCAAUCAAAUCGUCCCAAGAUGAUCGACACGCCAAUCGCCAUACACAGCUGUGCUAGCAGUGAACCGACUUCAGCGCAGUGUGUCGCCAUUGUGCUUGCUGUAUUCUGUGUGUAUGUCGUUGGCUUUGAAAUCGAAUUCCUCAUCAAUUUCUGAUAUUUGAAGAUUGAUUCAUUCUUCUUAUGACAUAGUGUGAUUCCUGAAUCGUGCUUACUGGGAUUUUGCUGCUCUGGAUGAGAAAAAAAAUCAGCCCAGGUCUAAUUGCCACCAGUGGUGAUGGGAAGCCAAGCAUCCACCCCCGGGUUCCUGCACACUGGAGUGGUCAACCAUCAGUGUCCUCUGGCAGCGAGAAGGAUGAUCUGAAACCCUCGAAUAGCUCGUUGCAGUCAGGUCAAGCCGCCAGUUUGUCAGCUCCGUCCAGCAUGGAAGAACCUGCUGGAACCAUCUCUCGCGACCCUUCCCCUCUGGCCGAUGGUGCUGCUGGUGGUUAUAUCUCUACCGACCCCCAGACCCCAUCGUCUAGUAGUAACCAUAUGAGUGCUACUGAAAGUACUAUAAAUAGUAAUGGUGAGCCCCUUUCUACCCAAGAGAAUGCGAGUGAAAGUAUUUCUGAACCCAUGCCUUCUAGUAGCAGCUAUUUCCAACCUGUGUCUGAUAGUUUAGGGUUAGAGAAAGAGCAGGUGGAUGUAGUGUCAGCUGGUGGGGAGGAAAUGGCUGAAUCAGCUGGCAGUGAGUCCUCGGUUGUACCUGGUUAUGUAGCUAGCAGCACUAGAGAGGUUAAAGAUGAUAACCCUGAGAAUGAAAUGUCCACAGCUCAGUACGCGGAGAAUGAGAGGGUUGAAUGUUGCACGGAGGUCUCAUCACAUCAGACUGUUAGAGAAAGCAGUGCUGAGGAGAGGGAAGAAACCGUCGAUGUCAUGGAUGACGACACUGGCACUAUGCUAACCACAGAAAGAGCCUCACAGGAUAGGGAGCUGGAUUACGAGCUGGCCUGUCAGCCGACGGUCACAGAGAUAAGCGAGUUCUGUGCCGGCGGCAGGGACAAAGCAAGCGAUGUAGAUCUCGUCUCCAUGACGAUAGCCAGUGUGGCUGCGGGGGAGGGGGAGCCCCCUCGGUGCUCUGUGAUGCCCCUGCGUGAUCAGACCUACGGGGAGGAGAGGGCCCCUGGCAACGGCAACAAUCAGCAUCACUCCAUUUCCUCCUCCGCAUCUAACAAACACAAAAAACACAGAGGCGAGAAGAACAGUAUGUCUGCCAGUGCCCGCCUGCCAGUCAUCAGUUCUCUCCUUGCUCCGUCUGGAGCAGGAAACCCUCAACAAUCUACCCAGUUGCCGGGCAUCCAACACAUUGCAUCGGCGGGGAGAUCAAGCAGCUCCCCCACCACUGCCCUCCCCUCGGUGGCCCACUUUCUGGGACCAGCCAAAUCUCCCCAGAACACAUUCAAACCCGUGACACCCGGCGUGGAUCCUUACAGCUCAGCCAUGGCUGCUGCUGAUGCUGCAGGAGAUUCAUCUCACGGAGGUACACCGUACCAAACUUCAAAGUCCAAAAAUAACCGCAAACCAGUGACCCCUGCUGGUCUUCGGUUAAGUUUAGCAGCGUCGGAAGAGCUCCCUGACCCAUUGCCAAUACCACAGUACUCUGAGAAGGUUCAGAGAGCCAAGCAACUGGGCACGGUGGCGUUUGACCGGCCGACGGUUCUGCGGGAGACGGUCCAGUUUUUCCUUCAGUUCAAGCACUACUGGAGCAGCCACGACUAUGACCGCAUCUCCAACCUAGUGGUGGAGCUCUUCCCCGAGUUCAAGGACAACAACGAGAUGCCCGGUGUUCCUGCCAAUAAACGGAUCAGGACAGAUUUGUCGAUGUAUGCUAGAAACUUCCGUCGCAGGGAAGUCUCACAGCGUAAAAAAGAGGGCAUCAUGACCUCUCCAGCAGGGGAGCAUAGUAAAGAUCCCUCAUUAAAACUGUCAUCCCCUUACGGACACCCUACCUCUCCAAGUGCCAAUGGGAAUCCAGGAAAUGUCGGGAGCAACAAUGCCUCUGACUUCUGCAACGAGCUUCUCACAGCUGCCAGUAUCAUCGAGAGCCAGAACUGUCCUAGUGGUGUGCGCAAUGAUUUACAUGAAAGUGGACCGUCCAAGGGGCGGGCAGAGGAAAGUCUGUCUGGGACCCCGGAGAUGCUGAGGCACAAGCAUGGCCUUUCGCUAGAAGGGGAGGGACGGACCCCCAGCAAUGGCGAACCACACCGUAAACAUGGAGAGCUCCCUGAUGAUGAGACGGACGAUACGCCCAUCCACUUUGUGUAUGACAAGGAGCAGAUGACGCCUGCAACACGUGACGCAAACACUGCUUGGCAGCUCUACUCUGACCAGGUGGCUCAGAUGGCAAGCAGCUCUGUGUUAGAUUACGGGAUGACAACAGACGAAGCGGCAGCGACACCAUCGUCGUCGUCGCCAGCAGCAGCGUCGUCGUCGUCAAACACUGACCGGCUGUCGGCCAUGGCCAUGUGGCGCUCCACAGCACUCCCCGACCCCCUCCCCACCCCGCCCUACUCGGACAGCGUGAUUCGGGCACGCGAGUCGGGGAACACCAUGUCGGCCCGGCCCAAAAUCAUCCGGGAGACCACCCAAUACUUCCUGGCGCUCAAGCUGUGGUGGACCGCCCCUGAUUACGAGCGGAUCGCUGAGCUGGUCUUGCAGAACUUCCCAGCGCUUGUUAGCCUUCAAGCCAUCAAGAAGGACCUAGGCACCUGUGCAAGGAACAUGCGACGUCGUCUGCCUGCUGCCAAAUACAAGCCCAGCUCAGCCACCCAGAAGGCCUGGGUGAACAGCCAAACCGGUCUUGAGCAGUCUCCGUCAGAAGGCGGCGGGGGCAACCAUCCCCACCAGGCCCUAAGCUCGGCGGGGACUGCCGAGUACAUGAAAGCUCUGAUGGCGGCCCAGAACAUGAACUUGACGGAGCUCAGCAUGACCCAGAGAAACUUGGGAGAGCUGGCCGUCCUGGCGGGGAUCAAACAGCGGAUCGAGCAGCACCCACAGGACGUGACGGACCUGGAGCGUCAGUACCUGGCCCAGUGCACCAGCGAGGAGCAGCGACAGGCUCUGAUGGCUUCGGGGGCUUUUGGGAACGAUGCUGCAGCUAUGGCAGCACUGAGUGCGUUUUAUGGACAACUUGGUGUGGAUAUCACAGGAGGAGGGGGAGGAGGGGGUACCAACAAUGUGGGCAGUGGAAGCAGCAGUGGGGGGAAGAGGAGUUUGAUGGCAGGAGAGUAUAAUUCUUCCCAUUCGUCGGCUGUUCAGGAGGAGGGUUUGGGGCACGCCGGCGGGGACAUGAGUGACAUGGCCAACAGCAAGCGGCAGAGGCGCAUAUCUCAGGCUGAGGUGGAGAAACGACUGAGAGAGGCAGAGCUCAGCCAUCAGCAUCAUACCGCUAGCUUGUCCUCAGGGGGAGCUGACACUUCUGCUGCCAAGGGACACCAUCAGCUCUCUGUGGGCGUGUCUGAUUCGAGUAGACCUCUGGUGAAACGCGAACCUAUGUCUCCCUCGGGUACUGAAGCAGGUGCUGGUUCGAAAAGUGCUCAGGGGACACCGAAGCAAAGCCACCAACAUCUGACUGUUCCGAACCCCAUGGCCAUGUUCCCGGCCAACGCGGCCCACGAGCACGCCGCCUACUGGGACGCCCAAGCGGCUGCCAACAUGGCGCUGAUGGGCGUGGCCUCCAUGGCGCACUCCGUGCCCAGCACUGCCCCUGUAGCCACCCUGGCACACUCACAGGCCCAUGUCCAGCACCUGGCUGGCCAUGAGGUGUCUGCCUCGGACGUGGCCUCCACUGAGGCGCCCAUGAACCUUGCUUAUCACCACGACGCCGACAAGCCCGAGCACAACACUUCCUCCACCCCUCCUCUCCCGACAGAUCCCCUGCCCGACACAGCCAGCCUGGCUGCACAAGUGGAGGUGACCACGUCCUCCAUGAAGUCCACGUCCAGGCGGAGAGCCUCGUCCUCCCCGCGGUCAGCUCACAACGACUCCGGGAUCAGCUCAAGGGAUCAGCAGGUCUGGUUUCCUCAUGGCUCCGGCUUCAAGAAGGAGAACCAGGAAGUUGUGUGUCUCCCCGAGCCCUUGCCCGUCCCAGUGUACUCCCAGAAGAUUCUGGCAGCUCGCAGCGAUGGCUCCUCCAUGCGGCAUCGGUCGGAGAUCAUCCGGGAGACGGCGCGGUUCUUCCUGGGCCUGAAGCACUGGUGGUCCAGCGCCGACUACACCCGCAUCUCCGAGCUAGUGGUGCAGCAGUUCCCAGACCUCAAAGAUGACAACACGGCGGACGGCAUGACCAACUAUGUGAGUUUCUUUCGGAGAAUCCAGCGCGACCUGUCCAUGUGUGCCCGGAACUUGAGGAGAAGCAAAAAGCCGAGGAAGAUACGAGACUUGACCGGUGACGCAGCAAACUCCAUGUCUGACCCAACCAUGCCGCGGGAAAUUACCCCGAAGAAGGCCAAGUCGAAAUUGUCGUCGGAGAAGAAGAAAAAGCAAGGCAGCGGGCUCUCCAAGCUGAAGAAAAACAAACAGCACCACCAGGAGGCCUUGCCGGCUGUCGUCACUGAGCCUGCGAUAACGGCGGGGGUCAAUGAGGACAUGACGGCUGCCGCUGCCCUAUUGCAGCAACAGUUCAUGCAGUCCAACGGCUCGACUGUCUCCUCUUUCCACCCCAGCAGCCACCUGCUACCUUCGGCGCACCUCCUCCCACCUUUGCAUACACAUCCAGCUCUGCACGAGCAGCAAAUGCAGGCUCAGCUGCACAACAGCCUCGUACAGCAGCAACAGCAGCAGCAGCAGCAACAACAGGUGGAAGAACAGCACAGCGUGACGGUGGAGGAGCCUCAGGCGGCCAGGAAACUGGUGAAGGAAGAGCCGCCCAGCACCUCAGCAGACACAACAGGAAACUACGAGUCUAGUAUGAAGUCUGCCAGUGCCGUGGCUGCGAUCUCCAAGCCGUGCACCCCGACGAUGGAGACGGGUCACGUUGAAGUGGAGGCUGGGGAGGUCCCUGCCCAGGCCACCAGGUCCUCUCACAGCCGGGAGAUGGAGGACGCAGCGCUGGUCAAGGCUGAUCAAGAGAAAAUUGGCAUAUAUCAGCCAGCACAAAACACCAAAAAGACAUAUGUGGAUCCAGACCAUGGGUCCGACCUACAGACAAAGUUUGCGAACCUGUGGCAGCGAGGAAAGUUCUUUGAUGCUUCCCUGGGAGUGGCCAAUAAAAAGUUACAUGUCCACAAACUGAUUCUCCUUGCCAUGAGCCCGUACCUGCAGGAAACGUUUAAGAAUGCCGAUCCUCGCUCCCAGCUGGAGGUGAAUCUUCCCUCGGACACAACCUACGAGACGGCGAAAGCUUUCCUCAGAUACAUCUACGAAGGAGUUUUGGAGGUUGACACGAUGUCUGUUCGCUCCUUGUACAAGAUCGCCACGAUGCUUCAGAUGACCAAGCUGGCGCAAUACUGCCAGAACUUUGCCCAGUUACUGCAGGAAGAGGCAGAGGAGGCCAACGGAGGUGCCGUCGGGGAAGGCGAGAUCCCAAAGAUAUCUGUGAACCUUGGGGAGCUGACGGAGGUCCAGGUUCAGCGGCAGAGGAUUCUGGAAGCUCAGGCCUUGCAAAGGUUAGGGGAGACCACCACUAUAUCGUCAGCAGAACAUCAGAGGAACAUGAGCCGUUAUCAAAACGGAGAGGACCAAUCCCAGCACAAGACGGACCUUAUGGGCACGGAACACAACCCCUCAGACCCUUCUGGCAGCUCCUCGGCUUUCUUGAGCCCUGAGCUUCUGGCGCAUCAUCGGGCACUUGUAGCAGUCACGUCAGCAGUGCAGUCAUCUUCGGCAACAUCGUCAUCGUCCCUGUUGCUCUCCUCCUCCCAAGACACGGCCGCCCAGCAGCUGUUCCAGGCUGCCAUGGUGCGCAACCAGACCUCAUCCCCAACCCCCUCCACGUCUUCGCCGUCGUACUACUCUCACCUGCACCACCAGCCGGCGACGGCCCAGCCAGACUCUGCCGUUCUACUACACCGGUUUACUUCCCCUGACUCAACAUUGCCCCCAGCCCCUUCAUCAUCCUCGUCAUCGUCGUCUAGCUUCAUCGAGCACCAGCGGCUGGCUGUCGCGGCGUACUGGCAGGCUCAGGCCCACACGUUGGGGGAGAUGAUGUCGCGGGGCCAGGUGGGUGGACUGGCGCCAGAGACUGCUACGGAGUUGGCGGCCAUAGCUGCGGCGGCCGCUGCCACAAACACGGAAGAUGGCACUCGGCAUCUUCUCAGCUCGCUGGGUUGCCAUGAUGGUGGUAGUGCUGCCAAGGUGAAGGUGCCGUCUGUGCAUCCUGUUGUGAACAGCCGAGCUUCCCAUCACCACCAUCACCAUCACUCGAGAGACCCGUCGCCCUCAUGGGGCUCCCAGGUUGCCAUGGAAACGGAUAGUGGGGCGCAUCAGCCCACCAUGUUGCCAGAAACGUGUAUUCCCGUAGACAUGGCAAGGUCACACCAUGUCACGAACUCUGAAGGCCACACGUAGCACUUACACACACAUAUAGACGCACCCAUACACUCUCUCAACACAUGCUCAGGAACCUUGAGCAAGUACCGUUGUGUAUUCUAAGAUGGGUCACUCGUACUGUUUUCAAAGUGUUGAACUACAGUGCCACAAGAAAGGGAUGUGACUAACGAAGUUGAGGUGUGCGUCUUCUGGAAAAAAAAAGUAGGGGAGCAUAACUACAUCUCGCUAGCGACUUUUUCCUGAUUUCUUGUGGUCAGAGCCGAGCAGCCUGUCUUGGAGUAGGGUGGCUGUUGCCCUCAAAGAACAGACGCACAGACACUUUUUCAUGAUGUUGAAGUUUUUUUUAUUCUCAAUAGAACUUUAUUUUUUAAAUUGCAGAUUAUAUCGUGCUUGUGGCCAUCCUGUAUUGAUCAAAGACUUGAUCACUGUUGCAAUAGUUGCCAGCAGAGUGUCUUUUGUGUCUAAAUUUGUUGGCUUAUUCUUUGUUUUAUCUUUGUUAUUGUAGCUCCAGUGUGGACCGUACCUCAGUAGCAUCGCGUUAUCUCUGAGUGCUAUUUAUAUUUUGCUUGGUAAGAGCUGGUUGGUAGGCUGCUCUUUCGUUGUGAGUGUUGGGAUAUACCUAAUGGAGUCAGGAUUUGCGAUGUGGACCAGCAUAAUACGGGACUAAUGUAAGAACUAGGAAUGAGUGCUUUGGCAGGGACCGUUUUGUCUUGGCUAUGUGUUCACAUGUGUCUUAAUAUUCUUCUAGGAUAGGGGGUGUGUCUUGUUUUUUUAAAAAUAGUUUUUAAAAGUUUUUUUUUCAUUAUUUUUUAAGAUUUAGUACUUACGGUUUUAGGCCUUACUUGGAAAUAACAGCAAGAGUUGCUAAUAUUGGACGCCUCUGGUGGUUCAUGUUUUGUUCACACAAUCAAGGCGACUUUCGAUUCAGUCUAUAGCCAGUUGUAAUUCAGUGUCAUUUUAUUCUUUUCCUGCAGGGAAUGUGCGCUACUUCAGGUUUAUGGUACAGGGUGGUGAUACUCAUGAAAUUACUGGCUGUGUCUUGAAAGUGAACAGUGCCAUGCAAAUGAGGCGUCCGGUUUUUGUGACUCUUCUCGCAUGUUACUUUUUGUAUCGAUGAUGGGUCUGUGGCUAUCAUUCCAGUUCUUUGCACACUGUACGUCUUUAUGAUGAGUGGGAAUGUGAGCGCAAGCACUGGUGCUGUCUUCACGUCUUCAUGGCGACAGGGAUGAGAACAGCUGAAUUUUUAUUGUGUUUGUAUUUUUUUUAUUAUUGUGUAUUCAAGUUGUAGGCCUACUCUGCUUUUUGUUGUUGCUGUCAUGUAGGGCAGUUGCUCUCUUAGGAAUUUUGUCUUGAGUUUCGAGCUGUGUACAAAGUCUCUGUUUCACCGACGGGAAACAAUUAUUUCCUUGCAGUCUGACUUGUUGGCUAGACUUCCUUUGUGGUGCAAAGGAAUAAGUUAAUAAUUCUCUGCCAUGAAUUGUAAAAAAUGUACAAAAGAUACUGUUGGUUGAUUCUUUUUUAUUUGCCAUGUGGCUGACCAGAAGUGAAAUUUAUGUGUAGUAAGUGUACCUGUGUUUUGAUAAACAGUUAAAACAUACAGUGAGCUACGGCUCAAUUCACAAAACCGCUGGUUGGCAGGAGGCUGUUGUCAAAUGACUUUCCUUGCCAUCCGUAGUUAAUUUUGUUGUGUUCAUAGCGCCAUUCAACCGCCAUUUCAUCAUUCUGCUUUGCGUUGUAAAUGACGCAGUUGUUUUGAGCCAUUUCUGUGUUACGCUAAGAGAAGGUUCAGUUUGUUGUUCUCUUUUACCACUGGUGUUGCUGUAUUUUUUAAAAAAAA